ACAUCGAUAGCAUCUAGUAAACGUAGAUUUUUGUUCCAGCUCUAGUGGCAACACGUGCAGGCCGCAUAUUCAAUAUACACAGCUCACUUAUUUUUCGCAAAUAAAAGUUGAAUUAGCCGGAGCAUGGUGACGCGCAAGAAGCCAACCAAGCGCUGCGCCGAGGCGGCUGCCAUCGAGGAGGAGGAGGCGACACAGGCGAAGGUGCCCAAGGAGGUGAGGGUGGUCGCCCAGGAGGUGAAAAUCGUCCGUGCCCUUGCUGGCAACGAUGUGGCCCAGCGGAAUCGCCAGAUCCGCAAGCUGCGCAAGUGGUUCAAGCUGCGGGCCAGUAGCUCCUUUCCCUUCACCGAGGAUGACUUUAUGCGCAUCUGGAAGGGAUUGUACUACAACAUGUGGAUGUCGGACAAGCCGCUGGUGCAGGAGGAGCUGGCCGAACAGCUGGCUAAGAUGGUGGACAGCUUCGAUGGAAACACGGCCUGCAGUCUGGCCUACUUCAGUGCGUUCAUGCGCACCAUGUGUCAGGAGUUCUUUGGCAUCGACCAGUGGCGCAUGGACAAGUUCCUGAUGCUCACCCGCCGCAUGGUGCGCUAUGUCCUGCGUCUGCUGAAGCAGAGCAAUUGGUCGCCGGAGCUGAUCUCCGCCUUCAACAAAAGCAUGCAGCUGUCCGUGCUGUCGGAGCAGCCCAAGAGCCGCGGCAUGACCAUGCACUAUCUGGAUGUCUUCUUUGAGGAGCUGGCUAAGGCGGCCGAUGGCGAGAUAAGCGCCGCACAGGUCAAUCUGUUCUUGCGCCCGUUCGUCACCUACCUGGCCACGCAGCGCGACGCCAAGCUGGUGGCCCAGUGCCGCACAAGGGUGCUUUAUCACCUGCUUUAUCAGAGCGACUUGGGCCGCGAGUACAGCGAAAAGUACAAUGCCUGGAAGCUGAUGGGCUUCCCCACCGCCUCUAUCGAUGAUAUUGAGAAACUGGACUCGGGCUUUGACGAGGAGGACGACGAGGGCAACGCCGAGGAGGAGCCGCCGCGCCCCACAUCCCUGGAUCCCCGCGCGGGCGACGUGGAUGUUCACAUGCCAGAGCUGCCGUUCAACGCCGACUGUGUCCUGGACGAGCUGCAGACACUGCUCCGCACCAAUGAAUUCAACAGCAAACGCCGCAAGGGUCUGCGCAAGCUCAUCCAGAUCUUUGAGACCUACAAAGGCGGAGAAUUUCCACUAGGCGUGCGCACCAUGCCAAAGGUGGAGGGCCAGACACUGUCGGAGAUGGUGGAACAAAAGGUGGCAGCCAUUGAGGAGAUGGAGGACGAGGUCUUCGGCACUGGCAGGAAACUCAAGAAGCUCAACAAGUCGAAGCGCAAGAGACUGUUGCAGUCCAUCAACUUUGAGGAGGUGGACGAGCACAACUACGACGAGAUCAUUGGCAAAGCUCUGCCCCCGGAGCUGCAGAAAAAGGUCAAACACAAUGCAAAAGUGCGUUCCAGCAUAAACAAUGCCUGGGUGGUGGAGGAGGUCACUGAGACUGAUGCAACAGCGGAGGACAAGGACGAGAAUCCAACCAAGCCUAAGGCAAAGAAAGCAAAAAAGGAAGAAACCCCCAAGCCGAAAAAAGAAGACCAGUUGAAGGUUAAAAAAGAAGGACCGGUUAAGCCCAAGAAAGAACAGUCCAAGGCACAGAAGGUGGAGCAGUCCAAGGCACAAAAGGAUGAACAGUCCAAAGCCAAGAAAGAAGAGAAAUUAAAGACCAAGGAGGAGCAGCCCAAGCCCAAAAAAGAUGAGCAGCCCACGCCCAAGAAGGAGGAGCAGCCCAAGAUAAAGUCUACCCCCAAAACCGAGCCUGUUGGUGAUGAUGAAGCCACCACCGCCACACCGCAGCCAGCCAACGGCUGGGAUGCCCCUCUAGAGCCCGGUGAACAGGACAUUUUCGUUCCCUCGCGCAAACAACAAACGAAGCAGGCUAACAACAAACUGCAGAAGUCCACGCCCAAGCAGGUGCCGCGUCUGCAGUUUGCCACCCCACAGACGGGCAGUGCCAAGCGUGUGCGGAUCGUGACCAAGAGCAACUGUUUCUAUCCCAAAAGCGACUACUACCGCCAGCUGAAGCUGUCUCCGCAGCUGCCCUACGACGCGGAUCGCCUGCCCGGCAAGAGUGCUCUCAAGCCGCAUGUAUUACCGGGUCCGAUUCAUCCUAAUUUCAAGGGGGCCAAGCGCCUCUUUAACGACACCCUGUGACGUUGCGUCCAGUGGCUGCGACUGGGACCGGGACAGGAUCAGGAAGCUUAAUGUGGAUUUGAUGCUCUAAUGGUAUAACCCAAAGGACUGCACUCCGGCUCUCCUUUCACAUCAAAAUACAACCCACUUCCUGACAUUGCUUUGGAGAUUAAGAUAGCACAUCCACCACAGACAUGUCUUAUGCCGGUUUUAUACUACGUCUACAUAUAAAUACACUACAGCUUCCAAGAGAUAUUUUGCUAUUUUAAAAUGUUAAAAACCUUUGUUUAGUUUCGAACUGAUUGUUAGAUAGACUGUGCUUUAAAAAUUUCAAUUUUCCGGAAUAGUUGAAAUUUUUACUGUAUUGCAAUUUGAUUCGACUAAUCAAUUUAUUAGGUUUAUUAAUUUCCACUCCAAUAAGACCCCCAUAAGACAUGUACUAAAUGUAACCCCUUAAACUUUUAGUAGUUACAAUUACCACUUAAUGUACUAUUGCUUGUAGGCCAUUUUAUGUUCAAGCUAUCCUUUGAGUUGAUACUGAAAUAAAAGCAAACGUAGUAUAUGUAAUAUGAAAUAUAAAA